CUCAACCUCUUCUCCAAACUUUAACCGCAUAUAAUCAUUUCGCUCUCAUUGAUGCGCUGAUUAGUCCUCUAAGCGGUAAUUACACGAUGUUAUCGUCAGGCGAGUUUACAAAAGGAGCAGAUGAUCUUAUUAUAUGUGGGCCCACAGGUGGGGCUCUCGUCGCCGAUACAUGUCUCAAUACCCAAAGAGACAAUUUUUCGAGGGGUGCAGCUGAUGGUCCGAGUUUUGCUAUUUCCCAGGACAUUCUUAAUGACGCCCUUUUUAAUCUCAUCAUGAGUGCUGCUCUUCAACUCGGUUUCUGGAAUACCACUGUUCCCGUCGACACCACCUCCACACACCAAGCGUACUCUUUCGCCUCGCAUCGGACGCUAAUACUUCCUUACCUUACAUGUCUCCUUCUAUCGAUUCCCUUCCUCUAUUUCGGAUUGAACAGCGUACGUCUGAACGGCGUAUCAGCAACGCAAGGCGGCUUCGUCCAGAUCCUGAUGACCACUACUGGGAGUAAGACUCUCGAACAAGCAGCGGCAGCCGGCUGCCUUGGGGGAGACGAGAAUGUUCCCGAGUAUCUUAAAACGAUGAGGAUCCGUUUUGGGGAAUUGGUGUGGAGUGAAACCGACAGAGAUGGUGAUGGAGGAGCGGUGAGAAGGGCGGGCUUUGGAACAGAUGAUGAGGUUGUGCCGCUUAGGCGCGAUGUCGUCUACGGAGUGUAGUCAUUCAGCGGCGUUCAGAAAAUUUGAUGACCUGGUUGGUUUGGUCGCCUUUGUAGGAGCGGUCGACGAUCAUAUAUACGCCUGUCAAUGUCGUAGACAUUGAGCAGCUUUUAGUAACUAAAUGGCAAUCUGAUUAGUGUAAUAAGGCUAUCAUGGCUUGGAGCUAGGCCUAGUGGAGGAGGGUAAUACGUAAUAAACUGGAGGGUGAUACGGAUAUGUAAGUAGGGUAAUGAGUAAGGUCCUUCAUAUGCUACGAGAG